AUGGUUGUUUGGAUCGAAGAUCACCUGUCUGUUGCGACACCUGAAGGAAUAGCUCGCAUUGAUUCAGUCUGUAGUACUGCCAUUCCUCCAGAAACUUCAGAACUAAAUGAAUUAGUUAAAAAUUGUCAAAUACAUCGACACACUAGUACCUGCACGAAAAAUAAUUCUGUUUGUCGUUUCAACUUUCCACGCUCGGAAUGCUUAGAGACACAUGUUAUUGAUACUUCAUCUAACGAAUUCAUCUACAACGGUGGUCGCAUUUGCGUUCUGAAAAGAAAAAGUGAAGAUGGUUGGGUAAAUAAUUACAGUCCUGCUUUGCUAAAAAUGUGGAAAGCCAAUAUGGAUAUACAACCGUGUGGUACAAAUGAGUCGGUUGCGUAUUACAUCGCUAAAUACGUGUCAAAAUCAGAACCUACAAACCUAGAUGGUGAAGUAUCUCGAGCUAUUCAACAAAUUAGAAGAGAAGAAACUGACGUCUCGCGUAAGCUGUUUAAAAUAUGCAUGCGCAUAUUAAGAGAACGUCAAGUUUCAGCCUGCGAAUGCGUAUUCAGGCUAUGCCAUUUGAGUAUGCGUGACAGCUCGAGAAAAACAAUUUUUGUCAAUACUCGUAAAGCGGAACAAAGGUAUAAAGUGUUGAAGUUUAAUGAAGCUGGUCAAGCAGCAGGAUAUUGUGCCAAUAUUUUCGAACGAUAUGAAAAGCGACCAGCAGAGCAUCCCAACUAUGAUUUUAACAAUAUGUGUCUCAUAGAAUUUGCGAUGUUAUUCGGCCACACUACACAAAACCGCCAGUUAUAA